AUGUUCACCGGAAUAGUCGAAGAAAUAGGCACCGUCGCCGAGCUCAACCGCUCCGACUCCACGGGGGGCACCUCGCUGACCAUUACCCUCCCGCCGACCUCCCCUUUGCUGUCCGACGCCCACCUGGGCGACUCGAUCGCCGUCAACGGCGUCUGCCUGACCGUGACGUCCUUCACCCCGUCUCCGACGCCGUCCUUCACCGUCGGCAUCGCCCCGGAGACGCUGCGGCUGACCAACCUGGGCUCGCUGGCCGCCGGCUCGCGCGUCAACCUCGAGCGGGCCGUGCGCGCCGACACGCGCAUGGGCGGGCACUUCGUCCAGGGCCACGUCGACACGACGGCCACCAUCCUGUCGCGCGCCCCGGACGGCAACGCCGUCACCCUGCGCCUCGCCCCCGCCAGCCGGGACGUGCUCCGGUACGUCGUCUACAAGGGCUUCAUCGCCCUCGACGGCGCCAGCCUGACCGUCACCAAGGUCGACGACGAGGCCGGCUGGUGGGAGGUCAUGCUCAUCGCCUACACCCAGGAGCGCAUCGUGACGGCCGCCAAGCAGGUCGGCGACACGGUCAACGUCGAGGUCGACAUGACGGCCAAGUAUGUCGAGAAGAGCUUGAAGGGGUAUCUGGAAGGUCUCAAGGAGGGAGAU